AUGAUGUGUGUCGAACAUAAGGGUGCAUAUCCAUGUGAGAGUCGUUUAAGUAAAGAACAUAGUUUACAAUUUUCAAAAGCUCAAACUGUAAUUAAUGGAGAAUUCAAAGAAGUCAAAUUAGCAGACUUCAAAGGCAAAUAUUUGGUACUAUUAUUUUAUCCAUUAGAUUUGAUAAAUACUCCUCGAUCUCAAGGCGGUCUUGGUAAAAUUAAAGUACCAUUAUUGUCGGAUUUAACACAUCAAAUUGCAAAAGAUUAUGGUGUUUAUUUGCAAGAUGUUGGUCACUCUUUAAGAGGAUUAUUUAUAAUUGAUGGACGGGGUAUUCUACGACAGAUAACGAUGAAUGAUUUACCUGUGGGAAGAAGUGUUGACGAAACUCUCAGAUUAUUGCAAGCAUUUCAAUGUAAUUACACAGAUAAACAUGGUGAAGUUUGUCCAGCAGGCUGGAAACCCGGAAGUGAUACGAUUACCCCCGAUCCUGAAGGAAAAUUGAAGUAUUUCAAUAAGCAUGGUUCAUAA